AUGGUGGAAAUAAGACUGAAAACGAAAAGCUCGAGCUGUGAGUUUCACCUGAAUUUUAACGAAAUUAAACUCCCUGACGAUAUAAACAUUUUGAAGGAUCUGGAAAAAGAAGUUGAAAACUCCAUUUAUCAUUUAAAAAGAUCGAAUGAAGAGAUCAAGCAGUUCGACCCAGAAUGUACCGAUCAUGAUCUCUUCUUAGCAUUAAAUGAGAAUAAAUUUUCGUUAAGUAGAAAAGAGGAACGUCUCAAAUUAAUUAAGGCUAAGAUACAGGAUUUAGAACCCAUAUCGAUUGAUUCUGUGGGGGCAAAAAAUGUUAUCACUUCUCCAUUGCUCAGUAGAACGGGAGAAACGCAACAAAUGGGGAUUUCAGAUCUACCAAUUAGGCAUUUGAAUUUGAAUGAGAAGAACAAUGAGUUAGGAGAUGACAAUGAGUUAGGAGAUGACAAUGAGUUAGGAGAUGACAAUGAGUUAGGAGAUGACAAGGGGUUAGGAGAUGACAAGGGGUUAGGAGAUGACAAGGGGUUAGGAGAUGACAAGGGGUUAGGAGAUGACAAGGGGUUAGGAGAUGACAAGGGGUUAGGAGAUGACAAGGGGUUAGGAGAUGACAAGGGGUUAGGAGAUAACAAUGGGUUAGUAACUUGUCGCGUGAAUAGUGAGGACCACAUGGGUGCUCCGGUUUCAUAUGUUGCUGAUGCAGACAAUAAGGAGAAAUCAGGUUUCUCUUCAAGUUCAGUUGGGACAGGUGGUAUUUAUUUGUAA